AUGCCACUGUGUGCAUUCAGUGACUGGGUCAUGGGUUUGUGCAAGAGCGUGGCAUCUGUUUGCACUGGGAGGAAGGCCUGUUGUUUCGGCCACGCUGAAGGGACAGAUGUAAAAGGCCAUUUUAUCACGGUUCACGUCUCUCAAAUAGAAUUUGGGGAACUGACGUCCAUCGGUGGGCAGACGAGACCACAGGGGCUGGAGCUGGAGCUGGAGGGAGGCAAAAAGGAGGCUGGAGACCAGGAUUUGGGAAAGACGGCGUUUCAAGCCGAACACUCCCAUCAGACAGUCUGCCUCGCCGCUCCCCGAGGAAAUCAGUUUAACAGUCCCCAGGUCUUGGCAAGCACCAGCAGAGGGGGCGGGAGGCGCAGGCCAAAGUGUUUUGAAUGGACUGAAGAUGUGACUCCACUGCAAAGACUUGGAAAUAGGCUGAAAGCGGCACUCUCCCAGCACCCGGGAGCCAUCGCCAACGGCAACAUGAACUCCAUGGGCCACAUGAUGGAGAUGAUGAGCUCGCGGCAGGAGCAGGGCCACCACCACAUGCACCCCCACGCGCACCUGCAGCCCCCGCCCCAUGCCUACCAUCACCACGGCAACCACCACCACAGCCCGGGAGCCCACCACCACCACCAAGGACACGCCCCCCACCACAACUCCCACAACCCCCACAUGCACCCAGGACACCACCAGAGCUCCCCCCAUGCACCCAUGCACCCCUCACAGAUGUCUCCCGCCACGCAGCAGAUGCAGCCCACGCAGACGCUGCAGUCGCCUCCUCCGGGCAGUGGGAGGCGCCGCAGAGUCAUGGACGAAGACCCAGACGAAAGACGACGCAAGUUUCUAGAGCGUAACAGAGCGGCGGCGACCAGGUGUCGACAGAAGAGGAAAGUGUGGGUCAUGUCUUUAGAGAAGAAAGCAGAGGAGCUGACUCAGACCAACAUGCAGCUGCAGAAUGAAGUGACGCUGCUGAAGAGCGAGGUCACACAGCUCAAGCAGCUCCUCCUCACACACAAGGACUGUCCCAUCACCACCAUGCAGAAGGAGUCCCAGGGUUACCUCAGUCCAGAGUCCAGUCCAGCGAGCAGUCCGGCCCCAGUGUGCUCCCAGCAGCAGGUCAUUCAGCACAACACCAUCACCACCUCCACUACGUCUGUAGGGGGCAGCGGUGUGCUCGGCCCGCCCAAUCACCGCACAGACAUUAACCCAUGUCACUAG